AUGUCAUACGACCGUCGACCUCCUUACCCGCCUGCCAGAGGCGGCAGAGGCGAUCCGUACGACAGACCGCCAGCUCCCAGAACGGUGAGUAUAUACCAUUUGUCAUCGUCACCCCAUGCGCUGCGUGGGCCGCAAGUCAACAUCACAACGCACACGUCAUGCGACAUCCUUGCUGAAGUCAGCCCAACAUGCGCGCAUACAGGUACUCUUCGUUGCCAAUUUCCCACCAGACAUGCCGGCAAGAGAGUUGGCGUACGAGUUUGAGAGAAUAGGUCCACUGGUGCGAUGCGACAUUCCUGCACCAAAGGGAGCAGGAGCCAGAACGUGAGUCUCCUUCUCUCAACGAAGCGAUGCGACGAAUUACGCCGUGAUUAGCGGGGCGGAUCGGUACGUCAAGAUGUUCCUCUCGCUUCUACGCUCCACCAUGCUGUGUGCGUGCGCAGCGAGCGACUUUCAACAGCUUCGCAAGCGCUACCGACGCGAAGUACGAUGCACUGCUUCUUGCACGCGAGAGGAAAUAUACGCGCAGACCUAGCGAUGAAGGUCGUCGCGUUGAUGCUUCGUCAGGCCGCAAGUCGCACGAGGUUGGCAGCCGUGAGAUUGACUCAAGAAGGGGAGGCGUUCGCUCAGCUGCGUGCCUGUUUACCUUGGGGUCGCCACCCACCGCGCGCAUUCCAUAGGAGCCUCUCGCUGCAAGUCAAAGGCGACUUUGUGCGAAAAGUCUCUCUGACGCAAUGCCGCCGUCGUACCCCCGAUCUUGCCUACCGUCGCGAUAUACAUGCAACAACAAUACCACAGCGCAUUCGCCUUUGUGGAGUACCAAGAUGCUAGAGACGCCUACGUGAGUCAACGGCCCGACAGCGCAGCUUGCAUGUCAUUCACACUACGCAACCUGACGGGUUACGGCGACUAUUCUACUCUCCUUCCUCCUCCGUCGACGCGGGCGUCUUGUCCACCUCUCGCGAUUGGUGCACGUCAAUCACAAUCAGGCUGCGCACGAGGAGCUCCAUGGCAUUCAAUUUGGACGCUACACUGUGUCGAUCCAAUUUGCUAAGGUGAGCUAGCUGCUCCUUCUCGGCGAAUCUCCAACGCCCACGUCUUGCCGAGAUGCGUGGCUUGCAUUUAUCUCAUCGCACUGCAGAGAUGCGGGGCGCCGAGACUGGAUGUAUACGCUAUACGUGGGCAGACGUGCCCGCCGCGGAUUCUUGUGUAGCAUAUGCAUGGCUGCUGAUACGUGAUUCCCUUUCGCCUCUGCUUUCUCUCCUCUCUUCCUGAUGGCUCUCCCAUCGCGAUCCGUUACGAUGUGCGGGCCGGUUUCUGAAGAAUGCACCCUCGGCGCAAUGGCGCUUCGACGAGCCUGGGGCACCGCCGCCGCCUGGACCGUCGCGUCGUGGACCACCACCACCCGAAGCCCCGUACGACAGUCGUCGAGACUUUCCGGACCGCCGGAGAGACGACAGACCACCGGCAAGGGAGGAGCCUUACGCUCGAGGCUACAGGGAUGAGGAGCAUCCUCGUCGCAGGGACUACGCUAACGGGUCUGACAGACCACCUCGGCUUGAUCGCGAGGCGGACAGAAACGGCCGCGACCGCAGGGGAAGAUACGAAGAGGAUGACCGUCGACGCGAGAGAAGCCCAGCAAGGGAGGACAGGCGAGGAAACACUCGCAGCCCUGCUCGCGAGCGCCGUGAGGAAUAUGUCGAGCCAUCAGUGAGUUUAUUGCGAGUCCUUAUAGGUCUUCAGGACUAGGCUGAGGGACGAAAUGCCCUCGAUCUUGAACAGACGUCUUCCCGGUCAGCGCCAAAGGAGGAUGAUGCUGCCCUGUACGAUGAUUGA